AAUUAAAUUCUUUUUUUAUCAUAAUUUUAAUGUCAUUAGUCGUAAUAUUAAUUAUAUUGAAUUAUUCGACCCCGCAUUGCAACAAGACCGAAUUCAAGGUAAGCCCGACGUCAUCACAACAAAGAUAGGACGAAAAAUUGAUGAGUUUUACUGAAAAAUAAAAUAGUACGAUGAUGUGAAUUUUAAGUGCACCUAGAUAAAUCCCGUUGAGGUUUAAAAUUAAUUUUAACCAACGUCUUUGUAUAUAUUUAGUACUCACGCUUGCGCAAUUAGAUAGAAACUUGUCGGAUUCCUUCGAAUAUUGCAGCGGGUGCACGUUCCCUUGACUUGUCUAGUGUUUGUCCAUUCAGUUAUUAUAUUUUUUAAUUUUAAUUUUUUUUAAUUUAUUUAAUUUAUUCUUAAUUUUACUUCAUAAACUGAUAAAAUAAUAUACAUGAAAAAAUGGAUUUGGGAGGAGUUGAUGUUUGGGGACAAAUUGCUUUGGAGACAUCGCAGAUGUAUGUUGAAGAAGGUGGUGUCAUUAAAAGUAGAUUUGCAAGUACUACGAUUGAAAAAUUACCUGAUAAAGUAAUUCUCAAUAUCUUUGCGUACCUGUCUCACCGUGAAAUUUGUCGAUUAGCUCGUGUUUGUAAACGUUGGCGACAAAUAGCUUAUGAUACAAGAUUAUGGAAACAUGUUUCUUUAAGGCCUGAGAUCAGUGGACUUCAUGUUAAUUCACUUGAAAUGCUUCUACAACUUAUAAGCGUGCGAUUUGGACCUUCAUUGAGAUACAUUGAAUUGCCAAUUGAACUUAUUACUCAUACAGUACUACACGAACUAGCUAACAAGUGUCCAAAUUUGACUGCCAUGCUUCUGGACUUUUCAACAGCGAUGCAACUGCAUGAUUUUUCUGAAAUGCAAGCAUUUCCAACCAAACUUAAGUAUAUGUGUAUUUGUUUAUCUGAAGUUAUUUUCAUGGAAGGUUUCAUGAGAAAAAUUUACAAUUUUAUCAAUGGUCUUGAAAUUCUUCAUUUAAUUGGAACUUAUGAAAAAAUUGAGGAAGAAGAAGAAGAAAUUUAUGAAGUAAUAAAUGUUCAUAAAUUGAAAUCAGCGACUCCCAAUCUUCGUGUAAUAAAUCUAUACGGAAUAAAUUUCGUAGAUGAUUCACACAUUGAUGCAUUCUCAUCCAAUUGUAUACAACUUGAAUGCUUGGCAGUAAAUUUUUGUUCAAAAGUUACUGGAUCGACGAUGAAGACAUUAUUUCAAAGAAGUAGAAGAUUAAAAUGUCUUCUUAUGCAGGGAACUAACCUUCAAAGCGAAUACGUCAUGCAAGUUGAGUGGGAAAAAUCGAGUAUCCAAGAAUUAGAUAUUACUGCCACAGAUUUGUCAACUGAAUGUUUGAUCGAUAUGUUAACUAGGAUUCCUGGUUUAAGAUUUUUAAGUGCUGGGCAACUAAAUGGUCUUAAUGACAGCGUUCUCAAAGCUUGGGCUGACAUUGGCAAUCCAAGAAAUUUAAUAGCAGUCGAUCUUGACAGAUCUGACAAUCUUACUGAUGAUGCUCUACACAAAUUCCUUUCACGAUAUGGCCAUCAGUUAUGGGGCAUUUCGUUAUCUGGUAUGCCACAUAUAACUGAUCAAUUGUGGCAAAGCGUAUUACCAAUACUCACAAAUGCUAAGAUUCUUGUUAUGGGAACACAAGAAAGACUCGGAGUUAAUAUUCACGUAGAUCAGUUGAUGGAUGGUAUUGCAAAUAAUUGUCCAAAUUUGGAAAGAUUGGAAUUACGUUGGGACCCUGAGAAUCUUCGUUUUUCAGAUAAAAGCCAAAAAGCUAUUGACGUUUUACGUGUAAAAUGCAUUAAACUCAAAUGUCUGGUCCUCAGCAUUUUAUUUAUUAAUUGUAGUGAUGGAAGAUACUACGAAGUAGUAAAAGCAAACUUUGAGCGUGCAGACAGAACUACUGUUGUUCGUACGACAACAUGCUCCAGAGUUACUAACUACUACCUGUUGCAGAAUUAUAAAGACUUGAUCUUUAAUUGAUUUAAGUUUUUUUAAUACUUUAUAUUUUUUUGCUUUAAAAUAAUUUUUGCUUAUAUAUGUUAUAA